CACUUGACCGAUCGACAGGACCGCGCCUCUCCUCCAGCCACCGCCGCCGUCUCCAUCGUAUCUGGAUUCUUCCAACGUCGCCGCUGCUGCGCUGCCAUUCCCCUUCUACCAUACCCUUGCCGCUCUCGUUCAACAUGGCAGAAGUCGCUUCAAACGCAGCAACCACCUCGUCCGAGCCCGUUCCGCUUGACACCAUUCCCAUCUCACCAGAGGGCGGUCUCACUGAUGCGACCAACGGCGCGAACGGCGACAGCGAGAAGAUUGUGACCGUCUUCGACGAUCCGCAAAACUUCAACGUCAAGCACGCUCUUCAGCACACCUGGACCCUGUGGUUCACCAAGCCUCCGAGUGGCAAGCAGGACUGGAACGAGCUGCUCAAGGAGGUCAUCAGCUUCAACAGCGUCGAGGAGUUCUGGGGAAUCUACAACAACAUCACACCUGCCUCGGAGCUGGCGCAAAAGUCUGACUACCACCUUUUCAAACAAGGUGUGCGUCCAGAGUGGGAGGACCCACAGAAUAAGUACGGUGGUCGCUGGGCAUACACGUUCAAGGGCAGCAAGGCCAAUGACGAGACCUGGUUGAACAUCAUGCUCGCCGCCAUCGGCGAGAUGCUAGAGGACGAGAACGACAGUGAGGUCAUGGGUGUUGUCGUCAACAUCCGCAAGGCGUUCUGGCGUGUUGGCCUCUGGACAAGAACCGCUGGUCAGCCCCCCAAGGGCCGGAAAGACGAGAGUGCCGACCGCGACGAGGGCCGCAAGCGUCUCGUCAGCAUCGGCGCACGCUUCAAGGAAGUGCUCGGGCUCGGUCCUAAUGAGAGUGUUGAAUUCUCGGGCCACGCUGACUCUGCCCAUGCUGGUAGCAGUCGCGCCAAGGCCAAGUUCACUGCUUAAGGCAGCCACUCGGCUUCUUGCAACGAUUAGUUCACGGCUUUUCUCUCUCUCGACGACACAUGGAUAGCAUAGCACAGGCGAAUCAGGCGUAUGAUAGCUGGCAGGUCUGGCACAAUGAGGGGCGUGAAGCAAGUGGCCGCCCGGGGGGAUUGGAAUGACUUUUAAUGCAUAUAACGCUCACUGCCCACGGCACGUGAGUCUCGGAAGGACUAGCUCAGAUACCCAGCAUGCGCAGCGUGGAGCUCUGAAGCUGCCACCGCAGCUUCUCAGAAUGACACUUGAGGAUCUCUCAGAAUCAAAGACGUAUUACCUACCUACUUACCACAGUCUGCUUUUGAAACCGUGGUGUGCUCCGAGCUGGACGAGAAAACGUUCAUCUACCAGGUAGGUACCUUACGAACUGAUCGAGUUCUAGUGUUCGGCGCCGUGUGAUGGAUGUCGUGUUACCACACUGCCUCGCUGUACGCCUUGAAGAGUGGGGCGAACAUCCGGACGCUCUCUUUCGCCGCCCAGCGAUUUCGAUUCACGUUUCCCCCAGCAACACCUCCUGCGUUAGGUACUGUCGCUGGCGACACGACACGACACGACACGACAGUAUACCACACGAUUCUGGCCCAAUACAGUAGUGCACAAGCAAGCAAGCCAACAUGGAUGAGCGCACUUUCCAGCGAGAGCUAGUCCAGCUCAAGCUGCGCGUCGAUGACAUGGCCUACCAGCUCUCGAAAGCGGCUGCAGAUAACGACGGCGACAAGAACCUGAGAAGACAUGGACACACCAACAUGGUGCAGGACUCUCGCUCUCACACAGGCUCGGCGCCCCCGAUGCCGCUUUCAUGGUCGCUGGUCAAUUCCCUGCGAUCCGAGUGGCUCCGUCCUGACCCCCGAGGUAGCGACCUGGAACAGAACGUGUCUUUAGGCCCGCGCACUCCACCUGGCAGUACAACAGAAGCUGCUGAGUCUCCUCGACACGAUCAUGGAGUUUCGUCUGCUUGGGCAGAAGACCUCAGUUCCCGUGCUUGCUUUCCGAACGAAGCGGCUCCAUGCUCAAAUUUGGUGCAUGACCACAUCCGCCCCAAACCUAGUGAGCUCGAUGCAUCCUUCGAUCGUGCUGAACAGUACUGCAACACCAGGUGUGUAGACCACGAGAUUUCUGCUCGACAACGGGUGGCGUUUAGGGAUAAGGAGAUUGCUCGUCUCGAAGAUCUCAUGCGAACUACACAUGAGCGACUUAGAUGCAGCGAGGAAGCAUCAAUCUGUAAGGAUCGUCAACUCGCAGGGCUGCAGGGAAGGCUUUCCCACUGCGAAAACAGACUCAUAGCAUACUCCGACCUUCUGGCUGUGAAGCGAGCUGACCUUAUCGAAGCACAAAGAGCUUGUCGAUCCAAAGAUGUAGCCUUGCAAUCAUGGGCGUCCGCAAAUUGGAACGUGCAGCAGAGCUACAUUCAAGAUCACAUGGAUCAGAUCGUCAAGACCAAGAACAGCGAGAUACUCAUGUUGAGAAUGCUCUGCGAGUCUAAGGAUGCAAUCGUCACUCAUCAGGAGCAAGCCAUUGCUCAAAGUGUAAUGCUGAGGGGGGGCAUGCACGACGAGCUUGAACGGGUCAGCUGUGAGCUUGCAGCUUUGGAGAUCAAUCUCGCAAACGAGUCGAAGGUAUCUGAGGAACAGGGAGAAGUCAUUGCACAACUCAGGGCCUCCUUGAAGAAUGCCAUUGGUCCUGCAAGGCUUGCGCAAGAGACUGCAUCCGCACCACCAGUCUCGGAUCGUGCAUGCAGGAUCACACACUCUUCCCUCGCAACCUUUGGCACGAAUGCCUCCGGAGACAUCAAAGCGACCCCUCAACCAUCCCAAUAUGUGCCGUUGCCGAUAGAAUACAAGCGAGCAGCCCUUGGGAGACAUGCCCCUCGAUAUGUUGCAUUUCCUUCUGCGCAGCCUGGAUGGCAAUACAGUGGCGACGUCCAUCUCGAUGGCAGUGCUCAGAUGCAUCAGGAGGACGUGCUGGGUCCGCAAAAGCGCCCCCAGUCUCAGGGGCCAUCGCUGUUCAGCGCCGUAGCGGAGCCUGUUCGCCCAGAGGCAGCUUCUCCACCACUCUCGUCAAGGAACCAUGUCUUGCUGGCUGAGUUUGGUAGCCAUUCUCAUGCCGAAUGGAGGCCAGAGCCAUUCGCGCGUGAUGAGGAGACAUGUACGGGGAACAUGACGUAUGCAAAGAAGUGACAGUGUACGGGAAGGGUAGAGUUACUCGUUCACCGCUGGUAUGACUGCUGGUAUGCACAAUGAUGCACUCGAGGGUUUUGCAGCAUGACCGGGAGCGGAGGUGUAACGAACUAGCGGUGUUCGUGCGAGUCCUGUGGUGCAACUCCGGGUGGAGCGUCUAAAAGGCUGCAGGCACCGGCAGCAGCUGUCACUUGCGAAAGGUGCCAGGUGGUUCCAGUCACUGGGAGUAAGUGAGAGCCGGCCCGAGCUGACCUGACCAUUCACCCACAUAUGGCGCAUGUGUUGUUGUUUGAUGCGAUGCCGGGUGUUUCUGCUGCUUGCUGCUGAUGCUGCUGCUGCUGCUG